AUGGGUUAUGCUAACUAUGCUUUUCGCUAUGACCCUUUCAUUGAUAAUUACAAGGUUGUUUCUGUUUUUUGUUAUGAGUUUCAAUAUUUUAAAAAUCUUCGUGCAAAAGCUUGCAAAACCGAAGUUAAAGUUCACACUUUGGGCAAGCAUUCAUGGAGAAGGAUUCACAAUUUCUCUUCUACAUAUGUCCCUCGUGGGUGUGAAUCAGGAAUAAUUGUCAGCGGCUCAGUUAAUUGGUUUGCAUAUUCCAGUGUAAACGAUAGUUGCUCGAUCACCAUUGUUUCUCUUGAUUUGGGGAAAGAAUCUUACCAAGAUAUUUCACAGCCUGAUUAUGGAGAUUUUGUUAGGUUGACCAUGGGUGUGAUGCGGGAUUUCUUGUGCCUAUUUUCUUAUUCUGACUCUUUUACUGAUGUUUGGCUUAUGAAGAUAUACGGAAAUAAAGAGUCUUGGAUUAAAUUAAUUCGUCUUCCUCGCCUUCGUUAUCAUGAUUACAGAGUUUCUAGCAGGAUAGUUGAUAUUUCUGAGGAUAAAAACCAAGUGCUGCUUAUCUUGAUAAAGGAUUAUAGAUUGUUGAGGUGGUUUGUCUAUGAUGCCAGAAACGAUAUUAAAAAGAUUAUCGAGAUUCAAGGGUCUGAUUGGGUACAAUCAAAAAUCUACGUUGAAAGUUUGAUAUCACCUUGA